GCUAAUGUUUUUUUCCUUCUUCACUCAAGCUAUAGCCCGUAAUUCAGUUUGUGUGUGCAUCGACAGAAUAAUACAAUAUAUUUUUUUUUUGUAUAUACAUGAGAUUGAAAAUGUUUGCUGUAUGUGCUUGAAAUUGUAUAGAAUUUUGGGUUAAAAACAGAAGAAAAAAAACACUCAAUGCUUAGUUUAUUAUUCUCAUCACUGUUUUAGUGAUACCAGUUGUAAUUGCCUUGAUCUACAAUUUAAAGUCUCUGCCCUUUCAAGUUAACGCUCUUAUAUCCACGCGCCGAUAUGGCAAAUCACUAUGAAAUUCCCCCAUGGGCUGGCAAAGCACCGACCGGCCAUCAUUUAGAUGUGACUAAAGACGAUAAACUCAUCCAAAAACUCAUGAUCGACGAAAAGAAAUGCUAUCUAUUUGGACGAAACAAACAACUAAAUGACUUUUGCAUCGAUCAUGCUUCCUGCUCUCGAGUCCAUGCCGCAUUAGUCUAUCAUAAACAUUUGAAUAUUUCCUAUUUGGUUGAUCUGGGAAGCACUCAUGGAACAUUCAUCGGAACACUCCGGCUUGAACCACACAAACCAACCCAACUACAAAUUAAUUCCACAUUUCAUUUCGGUGCUUCAACUAGAUAUUACAUUUUACGCGAACGACCAACAGCCGGAUCACGAUCCGACAAUAUUAUCAUGGAAGACAUCCCAAUGAGCGAAACCGGUGAAGGUGCUUUACUUGGAUUACCUGAAAGCGAAACGGAUUUAGAUAAUUUGACCGAGUACAAUACCGCACACAAUCGACGCAUAUCGAUGUUAGGCAUCACCGACGAUGUUAAAAUGAAGAAAAACAAAAAUAACAAACGCAAACGCCGCAAUGUGACGUUUAAUGAUGAGGAGUGCAUAAUUAAUCCGGAGGAUGUUGAUCCGAAUGUCGGCCGCUUCCGCAAUCUGAUUCAAACGACCAUCGUACCCACGAAGCGUUCACGCAUCGAAAACAAUUUCAUGGGAUAUUCGACAUCAUCCAGCACAAGCACAUCGUCAGAUUUGGCCAAGCAUUUGAAUCCAUCUUCGUUCAUUCCACAUCUCUAUCAAGACCUGCCACCGAUCGGCAACAAAUUGGCUGGCAAAUCGAGCGAUGGACAUAGUGGAUCGGGCUUAGGUCAUGAUGUGGACAUUUCACCGUCAGUGAUACCAUCAUUUGGUUCUAAACUCGGUUUAUUAUUACCAGAUCCAGCGCCUGACGUUGCAUCAACUCCUGAAAUAUUGCCAUCGGCAACAACAGCACCAUUCGGCGUUUCACAGCAAAAUAAAAUGGCGGACAACAGUAUGGAAAUUAUCAAUCCAAACGAACCGAGAAAGAAGAAAUACGCAAAAGAACAAUGGCCCGGCAGAAAACCGCUUCUAAGUGGACUGUAAUGUAUCGCAUUGAAGAGAAACAUUGUAAAAACUCUGGAGAAAACCGCAUUGUCAAACCCUUUGAGUUUGCAGUAGGAUUAAUUGUAAUGUUUAUCAAAGAAAAAAUGUAUCAAUCGGCAUCUCAAGUCAAAUACAAAAAAAAAAUG